GGCGUAAAGCUAGUCCGUGCUUGCUUAGUCUAGCGCUGAUUUAGUUUAAUUAGUUCGUGUUCCCGUGCGGUCGUGUUGCAAGUAAGCGCGCGCAUCUACGCUCCAAUCGCCUUUAGUUGAACUGCAAGCAAACAAACGCGCACACAAAUAAUCCUCAGCUUGUGGCCAGAAGUGCAAAAAAAAUAUUAAAAAAAAAUACAAAAACAAAAUAUACAGUGAGUCUCCCACUGAGGCGCUUAGAAAUGAAAUGAAAUGAAAAAUGAAAGUGCGUGUGUGACUUAGUGACUGAUGACACCGCAAUUGACCCGGAAAAUUAAAUACCACAAACAGCGGCUGUCCGUCGCCAGCCAACGCGCGUAGCCAGAAGCGUUUAAGGAUCGUCGCGGAGCGCGCUGUGACCUUAAACUUGCCCACCAUUUGAAGUGAAGUGAAAUGCUGUGAAAAUUUGCGAAAACCACAAAUUGGCAACGUAAAUUAAAGUAACUGCGCCUGCUAAUUGGCAACAACUAUAAACAGCAACAACAAGAAAGCAAUAAAAUACAAGUGCAGCGGUGCUGAGCGAGUGUUUGAAAAAUGCAAAUGCUUUUAAGCGCAAAGGAUACAUUGAACCUGUGGAUUAUAUUCAUCUGUAAUUGCAUCGUUUUGAAUGCCUCGAAUUUGGGGUUUGUGCGAGCUACACCGGCAUGUGCCUUCCACAUGUACGAUGGCGUCUCCGCGGAAAGCGAAGGUGUGCGCUUCAUACGCUUACGAGAGGACGCUGAGAUUGGCAAGGAAAUACUGCUGCUGCGCGCCUACCCGCGUUCUGCCAUAGCCUUGCGGAGUGUCGACAAUUCCGGCGACCACAAAUACUUUGGCCUCACCGAACUGAAUACGACCACGGUGCGCAUUACUUUAACACGUUCCAUUGAGGACUUGGUGGAUCGCGAUGUGCCACGCAAUUUGCUGAAAUUUCGUGUCGUGUGUGCGGGUAAAAAUGAAAAGCUCGAAGAGGGCAGUUACAUAUCGAUAACCGUUUACAUCGAAGAUGUCAACGAUAACGCACCGGAAUUUCUCAACACACCCUACAUCGUUGACGUGGAUGAGAAUACACCGCCGGGUACUAUAGUCUUUGAGGGCAUACAAGCAUUCGAUCGUGAUAAACCGAAUACACCCAACUCGGAAGUGCAUUUCAGCAUGUCCACAGUGCCAGAACAGCUAUCGGCUGAUGGCAGUCCAUACUUUUCCUUGAAGAGUCCGCAUCGCCCGCUGCUUAUACUGAAGAAAGACUUGGAUUUCGAUAAUGGCAUACGGCUUUUCAAAUUACCGCUAUUCGCGUGGGAUCGUGGCACUCCUGCUAACCAAGUUAAUACAACAAUCACCAUUAAUAUACGCGAUGUUGAUGAUCUGCCACCGAAAUUUACCGAAGGCGUUUACCGCACGAAAAUCAAUGAGUUCUACCCAAUGACGGGCAUACCCAUUCGAGUGCCACUUUACUUCUCACCGCCGAUCAUGGCGUUUGAUCAGGACUCUCUAAAUGCUACACUAAUUUAUGAGAUCAUUUCGGGCAACGAGCGUAAACUAUUUCGUGUAAACCCCAAUAAUGGCAUCAUGUAUCUUCAAAAAGAAGUCGAUUUGGAGGAAGAAAGCUUGCCAGGGAAUACAUUCGUACUGCAGGUGGAGGCGCGCCAACGUGAAAAUCCCUUGAGGAAGGCUGUUGCCAGAAUCGAAGUGGAGGUACUCGAUCUCAAUGACAACGUACCAGAAUUCGAAGCGGAUUUCUACAACAUCUCCAUUGUUGAAAACUUACCCACCGGUUUUAGCGUGCUCCAAGUGAACGCCAUCGAUCGUGAUCAAGGCGAGAAUGCCGAAUUUUUGUAUCAACUAACCGAGGAGCCCGAAGCAGCGGAUGCAUUUCGAAUUGACGCUAGAACCGGUUGGAUCACAGUAAAUGAUGAUCGACUGCUAGAUCGUGAGCAACGGAAGUCCUUGCAUCUAAUGGUGGAAGCCAUUGAGCGUCAUCCACCUUAUAUGCCAGACGUCAAUCUGCGCAAACCUGGUCCGAGUAAAGUCAAAGUGGACAUUACGUUGCUGGAUACAAAUGAUAACACGCCCAAAUUCGAAAAUGGCAAUCUAUAUGAGUUCAAGGUACCGAUAACGGCGCCGAUGGGGUACAAAGUGGGGCAAGUCGUAGCAUUGGACCCAGAUGAGGGGCCGAACGGCCUACUAUUAUACGAACUACAACGACCGAAGGGCAGCGGUUAUAUACCAUUUCAAUUGGAUACGAAAAACGGCACAAUUUACGUCAACGGACCGUUAAGACGUGGACGUAUAGCGGUAUUUGUGGAAGCCAGCGAUCAGCCCACUAAUCCAUCAGAGCGUCGUUUCUCGUUAGCCGUGAUUACGAUUGAGGUUUAUGCAACAAUCGAUGAUCAAGUGAUUGAUUUUGUUGGAGCGCCUUAUGAAUUCUGGGUAGGCUCGAAUGCUCCCUUAGGCACCUCUGUAGGCCAGGUACGCACCACCCUCAUCUACGAAGGAGAAGAUGAAAUUAUGUACGAUCUUUUGCACACCUAUUCCGAGGGCGUGCCUUUUGCCAUCGAGGAACGUUCCGGAAUUAUUACAGUGAUACGCGAAUUAUCCGAAUUCACACGGAAGGUGUACCUCUUCGAAGCGGUAGCCAAUUAUCUUUUCGCCAAUUCCACCAAAGCGCUUAUCAUGUCGCGAAGCUCGCCACCUGCCACCACGGCACCCACCCCCACUGAGCUCACCGAUGAAGGCGUACUUAUAACCAAUGUCACCAUACAUGUUGUCAUGAAACCCGAGAAUAAGAUACCCAUGCGACCCGUUAUCGAGGAAAUCAAUAUGAACGUAAUUCACUUUCAUAUCGAGGAGAAUAUCGUUGGCGGCAUUAUUGGUCAGCUACUUUAUAAAAACGGCGUUAACGUGCUGAACAACGAAUUGGGCACCUAUCGCCAAUUCCAGACUGCCAGCAAUGUGACGAUGGGUAGUCGCUUUCGCAGUCGCAGUCGCAAUACAUCCUCAGCACGCAUGCGCUCUCCCCGACGUCUGGCCAGUGACACGAACCUCAAACUACGAUAUAUCAUUGCGAACCAACAGGAAGUGGUUAACAAAAUCAGCAUCGCCGAAGAUGGCACACUGCUCACACUAACCGGACUCGAUCGCGAAGAAAAGGAUCAGUAUGAUCUAACUGUGAUCGUUGAGUACACAACCGGUUUGGUCAGUGGUGCCGGUAUAUAUCAAGUGACCGUAGAGGUGGACGAUGUAAACGACAAUGCGCCCAAGUUCAAUAGCUUGUCUUAUGUGGGACUAAUAAAUGAGAAUAGUGUUAGCGGCACAGAGAUCUCUGUUAAUCAGCCCAUUCAAAUUACCGAUGCUGAUUUGGGCAAGAACGCCGAGUUUCGCCUAAUACUGCAAGGUGACUAUAGCGACCAAUUCACUAUCGACUUCUACAAUGCCAGCAAAGAUGCGCAGAAUAAGAGUCGACACGCGCUGCAAACGCCAGCCACUUUCAGCGUCUUCAAUUUGACCGAUCAAUGGAAUGAGGAGUUUAAAUUCGUCGAAAUGCAAAAUAUGCUUAUGCAAUCCGAUAUAAGAUUGACAAGCGGUCCAUACUUCCGUGUAACCUACAGUGGUAAGCGACCGCUGGAUCGCGAGAAAGAUCAGAUCUAUAAGCUCAAGCUAAUCGCCAUCGAUACUGGCGGUUUGACCACAUAUUCUCAUCUCAAUAUACUUGUGGCCGAUGUUAACGACAACGCGCCCAUUUUCGAACGUAUCUCCGUCUUCAAAGAGUCGAAAGUGGAGAUACGUGAAUACACCACCGAUAUGGAAAUAUAUUUUGUGGACAACUCAGCCGUUCAAAUGAUGGGCAUGAUGUCAUCGGCAAUGGUUGUGCCGCCCUAUCAUAUACCAGGAUCCCCACGUCUCAGUUCCGAGUUUAGCUUUAACAACAGUUUCACAGAUGUACGCCAGCAGCGUGGACGACGCCUGCGCAAACGCUUAAGUCGUGGAACUGGACAAAGUCCAAUUAUGAAAUGUCCAUUAUUUGCCAUAUAUGAGAACACGCCCAUCAGCACUAAAGUUCUCCAAAUAAUGGCGAGUGAUGAAGAUUAUGGCAGCAAUGCGCUGGUGCACUAUGAGCUGGCCGCUGAACACGUGGAUCGUCCCAUAGUGGGCGCACAAUUUUCUUCACGUUUCACAGGCGCUAGGCAUUUUGCCAUUGACAAGCUCAGUGGUGAGCUGACAGUCAAUUAUCCGUUAGCCGCAAAUCUAGAUAUGCUGCUCAAUCUUACCGCCACUGAUAUUGACGGACUCAGGGAUGUCACUUGUUUACGAUUUACAGUAGUCGAUGUCAAUGAUCAUGCGCCUGUUUUUAAGAAGUCAUGGUACAGUUUCGACACGGAAGAGGGUGAAUAUAAAGACAGUGUUUUGGGGCAGGUAUUAGCCGUGGAUCUUGAUUACGGUGAAAAUUCAAACAUAUCAUACAGUCUGAGUGAAACCGAUUUGCCCUUCAAAAUUAAAGAACAUUCCGGAGUAAUAAAGAUCACUGGCUUAUUGGAUCGGGAAGUGCAUCCCAAGUAUAAUUUUCAAGUUAUUGCCACGGAUAAUGCCGAACCACUAUAUCGCAUGUCCAGCACUGUUGAUAUAGAAGUUAACGUUAUAGACAUCAAUGACAAUAAGCCCGAGUUUAUAGGUUACGAUGAUGUGGAGAAUGCGGAAAAAUAUAUUGCCGAUCUAACAGAUCGCACUUUAACUUUGCCGAUUUACAAGGCUUAUCUUGACCGCAGCACAAAGCCUGGCAUGUUUGUAAAGCAAGUGAACGCUAUCGAUAAGGAUUAUGUUGGUAACGGUAAUGGCUUGGUGCUCUACUCUAUACUACACCAGGACAUACACAAUCCCAUAUUCCAGAUAGAUUCACGUGACGGCACAAUCACAACUGUAGCAAGUUUCCGCAGCUACAAUGAUUAUGAGCACUUAAAUGUAACUGUGGUUGCCUCAGACUUGGGCAGUCCGGCUCACUCAUCCACCGCCGUAGUAUUGAUAAAUCUGCAAGGACAAGCUGUCACAGAACCCACCACAGACGACACAGAUCCACCUAAUGAACAGCGAAACGUCACCAUAUUUCAACAUCAGUACCACGAAGUACAAGUGCUCGAGAAUAAUAUAGCGCCACUUCAGCUAAUUAAGAUCAACAUCACUAAUGGACUUAAACCAGAAGUAUUCCGUUGGAGCUUGAUUAUCGAAGAAACCGACGAAGAGAACUUCGAUGCACAACCACUGUUUGAAUUAGAUCCGAAAACUACCACGUUGUUCGCCUUAAAAUCCUUCGAUCGUGAACUCAAAAGCCGUUAUCAGUUACGUGUGCGAGCGGAUCGUCUCAACCGUGAGCCACGCAAUUAUGCGCGUAUUUCAUAUCCUGUUACUGACGAGCGUGUCGAUGGCUUGGAUCCGAACGAAUGUCGCAUCAUUGUCAACAUCCAAGAUGAGAACGAUAAUGAACCGCGGUUCAAAUCCGCCGGCCAGGCUAUCAUUGCAGUAGUGCCGCGCACGGCUACCUUUGGUUAUCCGGUCACAAUAGUGAAGGCUUUCGAUGCAGACGAGGGACUAAAUGCUGAAAUACGCUAUCGUUUGUUAAAUGAGCCUUCCCGACUCUUUGGCAUCGACGAGUUGACAGGUAAAAUACGUCUUAUCGGUAUUAUACCAAUGGAUCAGCGCGUUUACGGCUUCGAUGUGAAAGCCACGGAUCGUGGAGGCGCUGACGAUGGACGCAGCAGUAUCGUAAACGUUUUCGUGUACAUCAUUGAUGAGGCGCGACAAGUGCGAAUUGUGGUCGCUGGGAAGCCUGUCGAAGUGGAGCAACGAAUCGAUGCACUGAUGCAUGUGCUUAGUGAGGCUAUACAAAUGGACGUGCGUGUGCGUCUAUUGGAACCACAUGUGGGCGGACUUGAACCAGCCACCGAUGCCUAUAUUUAUGCAGUGGACUUCCGCACCAAUGCCAUUUUGGAAAUGGAACAGUUGCAGGAACUGCUUGCGGGCCUGCAACUAGACGCUCUGCAAUUGCAACAGCAACAAGGCAAGGAUGGCAACUACGAUCACAAAAAAAUAAUGCCCCGCAUCAUUGAGCUCGCCGAAUUCGGGCAACUGACACAUAACACACCGCAUUCGGGGAACUACAUAAGCGGCCUGGAGAUCGUCAGCAUUGUCUUGAUUGUACUGUGCGGCAUCGGAGCCACAAUGAUAGCACUUUGCUUCCUGUGUCUGCGGCAGAAACGCAGCACCAUUUGGACGCAGCCGGAAUUUCCCUCAUCGGAGACCGGUCUCACUUACAGUGUUGCACGUACCGGGCUUGCGGUAGCCGGCAACCGUCGUCAGCAUCGCAAUCGCCAACGCCAGCUGCAACAUAAGCAACAGCACCAGCAUAAACAGCAACAACAACAAGUACAACCUUACGGUAAAUCAGUCAAGACCACAAGUUCAUUCAUUCCAGAGUCGGUGUGCUCGUCCUCGUCGCACACACCGUCCACGGCUGUUGCUGCUUCGCCGCAUAGUGAGCACCAGCAUAAGCAACAACUACAUCUCCAGCAGCCACAUAAUCAAUUGCAAUCGUUGCAUCCAGCACACCAGCAUUCACACCAUCAUCCGCACAGCCAUAAUCACGCGCUUCAUUCGCAUCUCAAUCACUACGCGCAGAGUGGACAUGCGCAGCAGCAACAACAAGUGUCCCACCAACAUCUGACAGAUCAGCGGCAGCGUGAAUAUAUCGAUGUGCCACUUCCCAAGUCCGUUGCCAAGUUAGCGGCGAGCAAUCGCUCUACAACAAUGGAGAACGAGCCCACGUCGCUGCCAUUCGUGCUCUCCUACAAUGUGCGCCAACCAGUGAAUAAUCUUUCACCCAGCGCAUACGAGACCUCAAUGUUUUCGCUGCACUCGAACGGUCAGGAUUCGGGCGUUGACUUCCGCAGCAGUCGAGAGUUGUACGAAACGUCGCCGGACUCCUUCAAAACCAGUUCGCCGCAUUCGCAGAAUUUGAAGGCAUCCGAAUUGCUCUGCCCUAGACAUGCCAAGCAUAAGCACAGCAAUAACAACAUUGCGAGUGGGAGUGGCUGUGGCGGCACGACAGCGAUCGGCAACGACAGCAGUGACAACUACGAGGACUCACUUAAGAAUGACGAGCCGCUGGUAGCGUCCAACUGCCGCAGCUCGCAACAUAGCUCAUUGUGCGAUCAUCACCACCGAAACGACUAUCAAAACACGAACUUCGAGAAACGCUCGGGCGUGCGACACUCCUUUUCCGGCGUCAAGGAUGACUUGGUGCAACACUCGCCACAAAUUUCGCUGCGUCCGCGCGGCCAUAUACUGCGCAACUCCAUGAACGAUCUGGAGGAACGACUGCACAACUUGGAGCAAUCGUUUCGACGGCCAAUGGAUUAUACGAAGUCUAGUUCGAUAUUUUAAGGCAAUAGGAAGCG